AUGCCUGCAACCUCCACUUUCUACAUCAACGACAUCAACGCCUCAUCCUGCACACGCUUUAAGUCCGAAAACUCUAGCCACGGUCCCAUAGAAAUCACCGCCUCAGCACGAGAAGCCGCCGAAAAAGCCAAAUACCUCAUCUCCAUCGUACCGGACGGCUCAGACGUCAAAAAAGUAUAUCUCGACCCCGAAACUGGGGUCAUCGCCGCGCGUAAGGAUCAAGAACGAAUAAUGCUAGAAUGCAGCACCAUCGACGUGCAAACCACAAAAGAAGUCGGCGCAGCACUCCACCACGCAGGCCUAGGAACGUACAUUGACGCCCCUGUAUCCGGCGGCGUCCCCGCCGCCCAAGCAGGCACUCUAGCCCUCCUAAUCGGCCAUCCACCUCCCUCUUCCUCCACCUCCACCCCCUCCCUAUCCGCCCGCCUCACUUCCAUCCUCUCCAUGCUGGGUCCCACAUCAAAAUCCUUCUACCUCCACACCCUCGGCGCAGGCCUAACCGCCAAAAUCGCGAACAACUACCUCUCAGGCACCAUCCUGCUCGCCACCGCCGAAGCCCUCGCCCUGGGAAUCUCGCACGGCCUCGACCCCUCAGCCCUCUACUCCGUCAUCAAAUCCAGCACCGGCCAAUCCUGGAUGUGCGACCAUGUGAUGCCGGUGCCGAACGUGCAGACGGAGUACUGGGUCCCGAGUAAUAGCGGUUACAAACCUGGGUUCAAGACGCAGAUGAUGGUUAAGGAUUUGGGGCUUGGGGUCCAGAGUGCGAGGCAAGUGGGGACUGGGUGUAGUAUGGCGGAGAAGGCGUUGGAGGUCUGGAGGCAGGCGGCUGAGGACGAGCGUUGCAAGGAUAGAGAUGGGAGUAGUAUCUAUUUGUUUGUUGGGGGGAAGUUGCCCGAGGGGCAUGAGGAUAGGGGGGUGAGGAGGGAGAAUGGAACGUGGGAGUUUGGGGAGUAG